GUUUGUUGUGGACUUGAUGGAUCGAAUGGCCUGCUUCCACACUGUAGGGAUUCUAUGAAAUACUGAACUUGUUUAUGUCUGACAGCACUGCUUGUCCCACUUGAGAAGCCAAAAUUAAAACAAAGUAUAUUAUUAAUUACAGUUUUCCUGAAGAAAGAGUUGUUAUAGUAUGUUGGCUGUCAAACCUUAUUAACUAUUGUGCAGCAUUUGCUGGACAAUCACAAUUUUCCGUACACAACUGCAGAUAAGUUGUGUGAGUUGUUCUACAAUUAUUGAUUGUAUGUAUAUUUUAAAAAUGUGCUACACCAUUAGUCACCGUAAAUUAACUACCUCCUUUUUUAUUCCAACAGUGUACCGUUUACUGAGCUACUGCUUUUCCCAUGACAAUGUCUUUGCCUUGCUCAUCAAUGUUGCAUUGUUAGUUGUCUUGAGCAGCCGCCUGGAGCAACAGUUGGGCACCAUUCGAUACUUCUACCUCACCAUCCUUUUUGCUGUUUUUUCUGCAUUGUUUUAUCUUCUUUUGGGCAAAUUACUAAGUCUUGAUGAAACACCAGUGUGUGGUUUUACAACUGUUCAGUUUGCUAUGGUGACACUAAGUUGUUGUAAUUCUGGAAUGAAAAGGACCAUCAGAGUUGCAGCAGUACCUUGGAUAUUCCUCCCUGUUGCCUACCUUAUUAUUCCAGGUUCAUCUGUCUUUCUCCAUAUCUGUGGAAUUAUUGUUGGGCUGACCUAUAGGUAUAGAUUUUUAUUUUGCCAGGAGUUGUCAAACUCAUUGAUAGAUGCUGUUGAAAGGCUGGCUAUCUGUAAGUUUCUGCAACAUAACUCCUGGAUUCCAUUUAUCUUCUCUCCAGCAAAAUAUCAUCUUCCUGUUAGUAACACUGAGAGAUUCCAUUCUAUGCCAGAACUCCACAGGACUCAAGGGUCUUCAACAGCACAUUUAUCAGCUGCUUCUGAUGAUUGUACUACGAGAGAAGGCAACAGCUACAAUAUUGAAAUAGAUUCUCAGUGGACAGAAACUUCCAACCAGACAUUUCCUGCUUUGCAGCCUCACACUGGAUCUUCACAUACCAAUUACUUACAAGCAGAACUGUAUAAUUCAUAUGAUUUUGCACAUCUUAGACAACUAGAUUCCAACUAUCAUCCCUCUGGAUUUUAUCACCUGAAUCCACAUGAUGUCUAUGCUGCUGCAGCACAUGGUCUUCUCACUGAUGAGGAUCUUCUUCAUGCUGGUGUUAUUGCCUCCUUAUGGGAAUCUGGAAUGGACCUGAAUCGUAAAGUGGAAAUACCUAAAUCUUCAGUCUCUUCUCUGCGAUUACAGCAAUUAAAACAGAUGGGUUUUUCAACUGAAAAGGCUGUUUUAGCAUUGUCUGCUUCAGGAAAGAUAGAAAGUGCCAUUAACCUUCUAGUGGAAGACCAAGUUGGAGACGAUGCUGUUGUGACAGCAGCCAAAGUGAAAACAACAUCCACGUGAUUAUGAUCGAUACUGCUGGUUAAUGUCCUCAGCAGAAGCAAUUGACUUUACAGGCUCCUGAAAGAUGACUUAAUAAUGGCCAUAUGAUGCAACUUUUGAUUGGGUCGCAAAAUGAAAUAUAAGCGUCGUUCAGUCCUUUUUUGUACAUAUACAGAACAAUAAAAUUAUUCCUUACA